AUGGGUUCCAUCGACCCAGCAAGGACAUUCACUCCAGAGGAGCUGCCUCCUCCCUGGAAAGUGACACCCGCAGAUAUAACCAUCGACAACCACAAGGACGGCGACAAAGGCAAGAUCCUCUUCAAGAAUGUCAACAUCUUCGAUUCAACUGGCGCGGACAUCUAUCCCGGAGAUGUCUUGAUCGAAGGCGAACGCAUCAAGCAGGUCGGCAAGGUCGACGUUGCGCCAGACGACGACGACGAUAUACUCGUCAUCGACGGCAAGGGCAAGAAGACUCUCAUGUCUGGCCUCUGCGACGCCCAUACACAUCUGAGCUGGAACAACUCGCCGACGCUGGAUGGCCUCACCGGGCUGAAACUCGAGGAGCACGUUCUGUUCACUGCCCAGUCGGCCAAGACGUACAUCGACUGCGGCUACACGAUGUGUUUUGGCGCCGCGUCGGCUCAACCGCGCCUCGACAUCGUCAUCAAGGGAGCGAUCAAGUCCGGCAUGAUCCCCGGACCGAGGACCCUAGCAAGUUGCCAGGAGAUCACGACCACGGGGGGCGCCAUCAUCCCCAGCAUCAGCAAAUACGCGGACGGAGAGGACGCGAUGCGCCGCACAGUGCGCGAGUUCGUCGAGCUGGGCGCGGACAACAUCAAACUCAGCAUGACAGGCGACUAUGUCCAUCCGACCAUGGGCAGUACAGAGACGUAUUUUACCCUCAAGGAGACGAAGGCAGCCGUAGAGGAAGCCCACAAUCGAGGGAAGAGGGUGUGUGCCCAUGCCCGCUCCGCCGCGAGUGUCGUCCUCUGCUGCCAGAGUGGAGUCGACGUCGUGUACCACGCCAGUUUUGCCGACGACAAGGGGCUGGACAUGCUGGAGGCGCUGAAGGAUCGGGUCUUCGUCGCCCCCGCGAUCAAUUUCCCCUACAACACCUGCUCCGGCGACGCUAUCCCGUACGGCAUGACGCCCGAGAUGGCCAAGAAGAAAGGGCUCGUCGAGGAGGUCGAAAAGGCGUGCAAGGCCAUGAAGGAGCUGCACAGACGCGGCGUGCGAGUGCUGCCUGGCGGUGACUACGGAUUUGCAUGGGCCCCCCACGGGACAUACGCAAGGGAUCUAGCGCACUUUGUCAACCUCUUCGGGUAUACGCCGAAAGAAUCGCUCAUGGCGGCAACGGCCCUGGGCGGAGAAAUCAUGGGCCACCCGGACGUCCUGGGCAAGGUCCAGCCGGGAUACUACGCCGACGUGAUCCUGCUGGACGGCAACCCGCUGGAGGACAUCGACAUCUUCCAGGACACAUCCAAGCUGCAUGCCAUCGUCCUCAACGGCCACGUGCACAAGAACGUGGCCGUCGCGGCUGCGGACGGGCAGAGUCUGACGGCCGACGGCCUGGCGAACAAACGCACGGUAUAUACAAAUUUGCCGCUGGUGCCGAAGGAGGAGCAGGAGAGGCAGCAGCGCGAUGCCGAGGAGAAUGGUAUUGGGGUCGAACCGCAGAUUGUGUGA